GGUAGUAGUAACUUCGCACAGACCCUCCGUGGAACAGUGUGUCACGUGUGAUCUGUUCGCACAGAGCCUCCGUGGAACAGUGUGUUGUGAUCUGUUGUGCGUUGCACUGUUACCGGUAGCAGUGAUCAUAAUUUUAAAGUCGGAGAGCCUGAGGCAAAUGCAAGGCAAGAAUUGGGUCUAGAAGUACAUGUAGAACGAGUCUGUAUUGAAGGACUACGAAGUCGCGACCUUCACGUAGACCUACCAAGGGUAGAGAUAAUACAUUCCAUGAUUGCUGUUGACAGUGUCCGUUGCUACACAGUGGUCAGUAGCUGUAUUGCGAAGAUCGAGACGAACAGAGUUUCCUUCUUUUCCAGCUAAGGUGUUGCAGUACGGAAACAGAGUGCGGAUCAUGAGUUGUUGAUAAACAGUGGUCGAAAUCCAGUCCUGACUCGUUCACCCUGAGUGUGCAACGAUGAAGCAAGUUCACGACUCGAGUAUCUACCAGAGGCUAUUCCUGUUCGCCACGUUGAUUGUGGGCGCCCGAGCAACAUGCAAUGCCAUUGGUGGGGCACCAACACAGGAUGGAACCGUUCUCAAGGGAGAGAGCAAUACGUAUAAGUUUACCUGGAUACUGCCCACGUACAGUAUAACACAGUGCAACGUGAAGAUGUUGGGAUUUGAAGUCAUCCACUCAAGUACUUCAAACUGUGAUUUCAUUGUGUCAGUCUGGAACCGCGAUACACAGGGUAUUAAGAAGAAUGAGUACAUACUAGAGUAUGUGGCACCCACUGUGCGCAUGCCUGCUGCAUCCACACCUACAAUGUUCAGCUAUAACUACACAAGCAGUAACAGGCGAACAUUUCCGUAUUCCAGGAAUGUAUUCAUUGGCAUCACCACGAAGCAGUCAGCAUGCCGUGUAUUGGGAAGCACUACAUUAGCGGACGGUGCGAGAUAUGCAGACGGAGAAUACAAGCUACCUGGAGUUACGAACAAACAUAAUUUUGUAGAAAAAACGAGAACUGAUGUGUCACUACGUGUGGUCACGCAAGAUAUCGACGAGUGCGCAGCCACCCCAUCCCUGUGCACGAACUACACAAAUAAUGUGUGUAGUAACACAUUUGGAUCAUACAGUUGUGUAUGUAAGAGUGGAUACAGUGGAACUGGUGGUGCUUCUGGUACUUGUACUUACGUACCAACUACGGCACCAACAACAACACCAACAACCACACCAACUACCACACCAACAACCACACCAACAACUACACCAACAACAACACCAACAACUACACCAUCACCAACAACAACAACAACACCAACAACUACUCCGACAACAACACCAACAACUACACCAACAACUACUCCGACAACAAUACCGACAACAACACCAACAACCACACCACCAACAACAACACCAACAACAACACCAACAACUACACCAACAACAACACCAACAACAACACCAACAACUACUCCGACAACAAUACCGACAACAACACCAACAACAGCACCAACAACAACAACACCAACAACUACUCCGACAACAACACCAACAACUACACCAACAACUACUCCGACAACAAUACCGACAACAACACCAACAACCACACCAACAAUAACACCACCACCACCACCAACAACAACAACAACAACACCAACAACAACACCAACAACAACACCAACAACAACACCAACAACAACACCAACAACAACACCAACAACUACUCCGACAACAAUACCGACAACAACACCAACAACAACACCAACAACAACAACAACAACAACACCAACAACAACACCGGCAACAACACCGACAACUACACCAACAACCGCACCAACAACUACACCUACAACCACACCAACCACCACACCAACCACCACACCAACUACCACACCAACCACCACACCAACAACCACAACGACAACUACACCAACAACUACACCAACAACCGCACCAACUACCACACCAACCACCACACCAACAACCACACCAACAGCUACACCAACAACCACACCGACAGCAGCAGUAACAACGACAACGAAAGCAGCCUCAGCAGUAACGAUACCAGCAACAACAUUAGCAGAAGCAACCGCAGCAGCGGCAAUACUAACAGCAACAGCGCCAAUGACAACACCUGCUUCAAUAACAACAUCAACAAAACUUGGUACGACACCAGGAGUGACAGUUUCAGCGACCACAUCGACAACGGUAGCAACAGCAACAUCGGGGACUAAACGGACGACAAAAGCAUCAACAGCAAUGUCGACAGCAGAAGCAACAGCUACAUCAGCAGCAGGAAAAACAGCAACAGCAACAGCAGCAGCAGCAGCCAUGACGAUGACAAUUAUGGGAAAUAUGUGGAAUGGAUCUACAACAACUCAAGGGGAGGAUGACAAACAGUCUGCAACCAAGGGCGUCUCAACUCAAACCACGGUUGUCAUUUCCUGUGUAGCAGCUGGGUGUAGCGUAAUUCUGCUAUUAAGUAUCAUCAUUCUAAAACGUGCAGCCUCCACUCGGCGCAGAAGCAUCUAUUCCACACAUGGAUUCAGUGACUCGGGAGGAAAGGAAGUACAUGCCCUCACAACCUUUACGAAGAAUAAUGAACAGCAUCUAUUCAGAGACAACUCCGCAUUAUUGAGUGGCCGACGAUCAUUCCAGAACAGCUCAACACACUUAACCAGCACGGCUGGUACAGAAUCACAUCUACAUAGCACUGACAACGAAGCCUAUGGUGUAGUGAGAGAAGACAAUAACCAUCAUAUUAUUAUGAUGACAUCAAGUGCACCUACACGGCCAUCUGGACAAUUCACCAAGAAUCCUGCUUACACUACCGUCACCUCCCCAGCUGGAAAAUUCACGGAGAAUCCUGCAUAUGGCGCGGUGGUGAAGAAGAACCGAGGCAAUGCAAGCAAUUUGUCAACCAUCAACUUGUCUGCUGUAUCACAGCCAGCUGGUGUGCUUCAACAGCCCAGCCGAUUGAGGAUGGGAUCCGAGGAGAGUAAUGACUAUGUUAUAUCAGAUGAGGCCGGACAAGCACAUCGUGAAGAAGAGGACUACUUGAAUUUGUACUGAUCUACUGGACAAAACCUUCCGUUUCAAAAGUUCAGAGUGAGACCCC